AUGGCUCCGUCGCGCGCAAACACAACAGUCGUCGUGGUCGGCGGCGGCGGCACAAUGGGCUCGUCGACAGCCCUGCAUCUCGUGCGCGCUGGAUACACGCCGUCCAACAUCACAGUGCUGGACACAUACCCAGUGCCCUCGGCGCAGUCGGCGGGGUACGACCUGAACAAGAUCAUGAGCAUCCGGCUGCGCAAUAAGCCCGAUUUGCAGCUGUCGCUGGAGGCGCUGGAUAUGUGGAAGAACGACCCGCUGUUCAGGCCUUUCUUCCAUAGGGUUGGGAUGAUCGACUGUUCUUCCACAGCAGAGGGCAUUGACGGUCUGAGGCGGAAACACCAAGCCCUAAUCGAUGCAAAUGUUGGGCUGGAGAAGACGAACUUCCUGCUGGAGAGCGAAGACGAGAUCCUAGCAAAGGCACCGCACUUCACCCGCGAGCAAAUCAAGGGGUGGAAAGGCUUGUUUUGUGGCGACGGGGGCUGGCUUGCUGCUGCCAAAGCCAUCAAUGCGAUAGGGCAGUUCCUCAGAAGCCAGGGCGUCCAGUUUGGUUUUGGCCGUUCUGGGACAUUCAAACAACCCCUAUUCACCGAUGGGGCGAAGACGACAUGCAACGGCGUCGAGACCGUAGAUGGCACCAGAUACUACGCCGACAAGGUCGUUCUAGCAGCCGGUGCCUGGAGUCCGACACUAAUCGACCUAGAAGACCAGUGUGUUUCGAAAGCCUGGGUAUUCGCCCAUAUCCAACUCACGCCCACCGAAGCAGCUCAGUAUAAAGACUCCCCAGUAGUAUAUGACGGCGACUACGGCUUCUUCUUCGAGCCCAACGAGAACGGCAUAAUCAAAGUCUGCGACGAAUUCCCAGGCUUCACGCGCUUCAAACAGCACCAGCCCUACGGCGCCUCUUCGCCUAAACCUAUCUCUGUCCCCAGAUCCCACGCCCAACACCCCACAGAUACGUACCCCGAUUCUUCGGAAGUCACCGUCAAAAAGGCAAUCGCUCGAUUUCUACCGCGCUUCACGGAUAAAGAGCUGUUCAACCGCACUAUGUGCUGGUGCACGGACACGGCUGAUGCGAACGUGCUGAUAUGCGAGCAUCCGCGGUGGAAGAAUUUCAUUGUGGCGACGGGGGAUAGUGGACAUUCAUUCAAACUCUUGCCGAGUAUCGGAAAGCACAUUGUUGAACUACUCGAGGGAUGUCUAUCACCGGAACUGGCUGAAGCGUGGAGAUGGAGACCUGGCAGCGGUGAUGCCCUGAAGUCUCGACGAGAUGCUCCUGCAAAGGACCUCGCUGAUUUACCGGGGUGGAAGCACGAUUCAAAGAUGUAA